AUGAUCUCUCUCUUCAGAAAGGUCUUAUUCUUCAUCUAUAAAUCUCCAAAUACUCGUCUUGGUAGGAAUAUCGCCAUUGUUUUUUGUCUUAUUUUGUUAUUUUUACAUCACUUUUCCCUACUCUCUCUCUCUCUUCUUUCUUUCUUUCUUUCUUUCUUUCUUUCUUUCUUUUGUGUCUGUUUCUCUCCUCUCUCGACUUCUUUCAUUUUGACUUCUUUCUUUCUUUCUUUCUUUUCUAAUUUUUUCCGUUACUUCUCUCUCCUCACUUUCCCGCCUUUUUUCUAUAUUAAUUUCCCCGCUACUCUUUCUCUCUCUCUCUCUCUCUCUCUCUCUCUUUCCUUUUUCUCUCUAUUUCCUUUUUCUCUCUCCUUCUCUCUCUCUCCCCUUAUCUCUCUCCUUCACGCUCUUUCCUUCUCUCUUUCUUUGUGUUUUUCUCUCUCUGUGUUUCUCUCUUUCUCUCUGUGUCUCUCUCCCUCUGUGUUUCUCUCUCUGCUGCUCACUCUCUCUCUACUCACUCUCUCUCUCUGCUGCACUCUCUCUCUCUGCUGCACUCUCUCUCUCUUUACUGCUCAUUCUCUCUGCUACUGCUCACUCUCUCUCUGCUUCUCACUCACUCUCUCCGAGCUUCUCAUUCUCUCUCUCUGUCUCUCAGCGCUUCUCACUCACUCUAUCUCUCUCUGCGCUUCUCACUCUCUCUCUCUUCACUUGUCUCUCUCUAUGUGCUUCUCUCUCUUACUCUCUCUUUCUCUCUCUCAGCGCUUCUCACUCACUCUAUCUCUCUCUGCGCUUCUCACUCUCUCUCUUCACUUGUCUCUCUCUAUGUGCUUCUCUCUCUUACUCUCUCUUUCUCUCUCUCUGCGCUUCUUUCCCUCUCUCUCUCUUUCUCUCUCCCUCCCUCUCUCUCUGCGAUGUUCUCUAACCGAACAUCCAAAUUAA